AUGUCUGACAUGAAUAUUGCAGUCACCAAUUUGGUUCGCAAAAUUGAACUUGACGUUACCGAGAUCAAACAAAUACUAGCUGCGGUGUCUGAUCAGUUCAAAAAUCAAUUUUUACCAAACAUCACCGAUGAAGAUGUAAAUAUGAUACAAAAAAGUAUCGUCAAACAAAGUGAUAAUGGUUCUCAUCAAUAG